AUGGCUGCUGCAGUACUAGGAAAGAGGUCUCGACGAGUGCUUGACGAGGAAGAUAUCGAGACUUCGAUCCCCAUCGCGAAACGACGAACGCGACGCUCUACACCACAUAUAUAUGAAGAUGCAGCACGGCCAGAUGUAUUGGAGAAACGAGAUACACAGUCCGGCUUGUCUGUAAGGACGCGUAACAGACGAGUGAAACAUACCGUUCAAGACGAGGUGGUAAAAAACCAGACGGCCACAGCUCAUUCCGUUCAGCAGGCCUCUUUGCAUGCCUCAGACGAAAAUGUGCCUCCGCCAGCUGUUUGCACCCCAUCAGCUACUCGGUUCAAGGAUGUACUUGCAACCCAUACUCCGAGCACGCCAAAACAUCGCGUACGGCUUGUUGGACAACUGCUCACACCCCGGACAUCACGUUCGUCCACGCCAUCAAAGUCGCAAAAUGUCUAUGCUCAGGCCAGACAACUCUUCACCCAAGCAAGCAGCGGGAAAGUAAUCGGUCGAGAGGCCGAACGAAGCCAAUUGACAAGAUUUAUUUCCACCUCCCUUGAAGCCGGAACUGGUGGUUGCACUUACGUUAGUGGACCACCAGGCACAGGGAAAAGUGCAUUGGUUCAGGAGAUUUUGCAAGAGUAUGGCGAGGAAUCCGUCAAAGUCGCGACAAUCAAUUGCGUGGCACUGAAGUCUUCCACCGAUGUUCUAAUGGAAUUUGCCCAAGCGUUCGGUUUCUCUGCCGGCAGCCACAAAGCAGCGAAGUCAAGCCUUACUAAGCUCUUCACCACCAAGACGGCCGACUCGAAGAUGCACCUUGUCUUGCUUGACGAGAUCGACACCCUUCUCAAUGGCGACUGCGACGUGCUGUACAGCUUAUUUGAAUGGGCAAUGCACCCCUUGUCGACCCUCAUUCUGAUUGGAAUUGCCAAUGCUCUUGACUUGACCGAUCGCUUCUUACCACGACUGAAGCUGAGGAACCUCAAACCCAGGCUACUCCCAUUUCUUCCCUACUCGGCUGAACAGAUCUCCACCAUAAUCUCCGAGAAACUUCGGUCGUUGUUACCUGUUGGAACCACGGCCGCUGGAGACUUUGUCCCACUGAUGCAUCCUGCCGCCAUCCAAUUAAGCGGCAAGAAGAUUGCGGCUCAGACUGGGGACUUACGUAAAGCUUUCAGUCUUGUUCGUCGUGCAAUUGACCAGAUUGAACAAGAAACACUCUUGAAAAUGAACCGGGAACAGAGCAUCACCCCGACCAAGCAACCACUUGCAGAGGUUUCGAACUUGAGAACCAAUCUGACCCCGUCUCCUGUCAAACCAGACCACAGAUCAGUCCUCGGUCAGCUUACAAUGGAGACGGCGCCAAGAGCAAGUAUUGGACUGGUUGCGAAAAUUGCCUCGGGCAUUUUCAACAACGGCACUCUAUCUCGCCUGGGAGGACUGAACCUGCAGCAGAAAGCAGUACUGUGUUCCUUGGUUGCGUCAGAGAAGCGCCAAUACCAAAGAAACCCUUACACGACACCAUCAAAAUCGUGGUCCAAGAUCCCUACCAUCAAAGGCCUGUUUGAAAAGUACGGCGUCCUUUGUAGACGUGAUGACGGAUUAUUGCAGCCUCUAAAGACCACCGAGUUUCGAGAUGUGGUUGCCAGCCUUGAGACUUUAGGGUUGGUACAAGAGGCUUCCGGGCGAAACUCGAGUUUGUCUACCCCAUCCAAGACACCUUCUCGGACCGGAAGAGCAAUGGAUGACAUGCAGGUGGUGAGCGCCGUCUCUGAAAAGGAGAUGAGGGAUAGCUUGAGUGGUCCAGGCUCUGAUUUGCUCUCGAGGUUGUUGGAUGACGAUUAA